CAUGCGUCCUGAGACCAGGAACAGGUUUGCUGUGUGUCGUGCGUGCUGUGCUAGCGUCUAGCUAGACCACACUUGCAGUAGUUCCAGGAUUCAAGUGUUGCUGUCAUGGCCACUAAAAAGUCAGCCACAAAGAGGAAGUCAGACUCUAUCCCAGAGGUGAAAGACUCUAAGAAAGUGAAAGUUUACCACAGGAGUCAUGGUAAGGAGCCGGGUCACAUUCUUGUUCUGGGCCAGGGUGAUGUUGGACAGCUGGGUUUAGGAGAGGACAUCACUGAGAGGAAGAAGCCAGCUCUUUUGUCCCUACAUGAGAAAAUAGUGCAGGUGAUAGCCGGGGGCAUGCACACUGUGUGCCUCAGCGACACUGGUGUGGUUUACACGUUUGGCUGCAAUGACGAAGGGGCCCUUGGUCGAGACACAAAAGAAGAGGGGUCUGAGAUGUCUCCCGGGAAGGUGGUGCUCGAUGAGAAGGUGGUGCAGGUGUCUGCAGGAGACAGCCACACAGCCGCACUAACGGAGGAGGGAACCGUGUAUGUGUGGGGCUCCUUCAGGGAUAACAAUGGCGUUAUAGGUCUCCUGGAUCAUUUGAAAACAACUGUCGUUCCUACAAAGGUUCCCUUGACAGAAACUGUUGUGAAAGUUACAUCAGGUAACGACCACCUUGUAAUGUUGACCGUGGAGGGAAAUCUUUACACGUCGGGCACUGCUGAACAGGGGCAGUUAGGAAGGGUGCCUGAACAAUUCUCAAAUCGGGGAGGCAGAAAAGGCCUUGAUCGUCUGUUGAUUCCUCAGAUGGUCAAACUCAAAGGGAAAGUUCACUUCAUAGACGCCUUCUGUGGGGCGUACUUCACAUUUGCUGUGUCCAAAGAUGGACACGUGUAUGGAUUCGGCCUCUCCAACUAUCACCAGUUGGGCACCAAGAGCACAAAGAUGUGUUUUGCCCCUGUGAAACUGACGACCUUCAAAAAUUCUACCACAACCUGGGUUGACUUCUCUGGAGGACAACACCACACGGUCUGCCUUGACUCUGAAGGACAGGUGUACAGCCUGGGUAGAGCAGAGUAUGGGCGCCUUGGCCUUGGUGAAGAGGCUGAAGAGAAAAGCGAACCCACAGCCGUCAGUGGGGUUGAACCAGCCAACAGAGUGACAUGUGGGGCAUCAGUCAGCUAUGCUGUCACAAAAGAAGGAUCUGUGUACGCUUGGGGAAUGGGCACCAACCUCCAACUUGGCACGGGUCAGGAGGAGGAUGAGUGGAGUCCUGUGAAAAUGACUGGCAAGCAGCUGGAAAACUGCACAGUACUGAUGGUGUCCAGUGGAGGGCAGCACACAGUCCUUUUGGUCAAAGACAAACAGGAAAGCUGAUGAGCCUCUCAGGCAUGUUAUGAUGCUUCAGCCAUGUUCACUGUGCCUAAAAUGAGUGGUGGUGGGGAAUGAUCAUUGGUGUCUUAUUGAUGUUCCAUCAAGGCUGAGUGUAAGAGCUGAGGUCAGGUAGUUGAUGUGGCUACAUAAUGGGGGACAUUUUCAGUAUGAAUACAAGGCUAUUUUUUUAAAAACCCCUAUUCCUCAGAUUCCCUUUGUCGCAUUUUCAAUAAAAAGUCAUUAGUGUGACUGUGAGCUGAUGUUUGGUAUUUGACUGUUAGAGUGUACAUAAGAGCAUUUUUAAUGAGUUUGUCCCCAGACUAGACAUUUUAAAAGAAUGCUCCCCCCCUUAGAUCAAUAAUUGCUUGUGUUUUGGUUCAGACAAGACAUUUAUACCAAUUGAAUUUGUCAAGCUGCUCUUCAGAAAACGAAAUGUUUUCACUGUUCUGUGUUUUGCUACAGUUCCUGUCUGGGAAUAAAUUUUAAUGUUUUACAUA